GUGUGUGUGUGUGUGUGUGUGUGUGUGUGUGUGUGUGUGUGUGCCUGUAUGUCUGUGUUAAAGGAAAGAUGGCCCCAGGGAUUACACACAGAGGGGCUGUGAAUGCUGUGCUGAAGUUCCAGACACCAGCCACUGGGUCCUGGUGGAGCCUGAGGUCUCCACAGAGAAGAGCAUCUCAACCUACAGCCUGAGCUCUGCUGCAGGGAGCUAUGAGUGCUCAGAGUCCAGUCUGCGUUGGUCGUGUGUUGGUCCAGUCACCCUGCAGUAUCGCUUCAUGGACUGGUACAUUUUUACUGAAGAGCUGGCCCGUAUGCAGUGCAGUCCAGCUGGUCCUCUGAUGGACAUCAAGCUCAUGACAGGAAAGCUGGAGGAGAUCCACCUGCCUCAUUUCCUGUGUUUGGGAGGUAGCCAGUCUGCUCUGAAGGAUGCUGUGAAGGUUCUGCAUCAGCAGGAUGGUGGAGUGUGUCUGGAGACGUGUGAGCUGAGUCGCUCCCAUGCCAGGCUGGUGAACCUCUCCUUGUCCAUUCUUGGUAAUGUUGUCAAGUAUGUGAGGUCUUUUCUGUCUUCUGAAACAGAAGAGAACAAGAUGGAGAUCCACACAUAUGUUGACAUCUACAGAAGCAACAUACAACCCCUCACUUUCCGCAUCUACCUCAUGCCAGAAAAUGCCCAUUUGAAAAUGCAAGUGGAGAAUCAGGAGGAAUCGAAGGACUUUAAAGGAAUCAGACUAGCCAUGCCCGACCCUGCACAGUGCCUUCAGUUGAACCAGUUCUACGCUUUACAGACAGACUGUGAAGACUCCACAAUCUUUCCAGUAAAGCUUAAACUCAGAAAUUAUGUCAGUACCCCCAACUUCUCUGUAGUGCGCCCCAAAAAAGCUGUUGAUUUCUGGAUCACAAUCCAUGACUCCACAGACAAUCAGGAGAUCUGGAAAGCAGAGAUCCUGGAAACUGACUGCUUGACUCUCUCAAGGAUGCCUAGCGGAGGUCCCGUCUCCACCCUCCCCUGUGGAGCUGAGCCUGUUGACACCCACACUGCUGUGGACCAGGCCACGGGCCGUCAAGACGUUCAGACACCUGAGUGCUCAAGCAGAGGCCUGAAGUCGAGCACCAGGACACAGACUGUGGACCUCUUCAGUACGUUUGAUGAGUUGCAAGAGAAGGAGCUGAAGCGGUUCAAGGCAUACCUGUCUUUGGAGAACAUGGAGGGCUUUGAGCGCAUUCCCAGAGGACAAUUGGAGAAGUGGGAUGCCACAGACCUGGCCACUAGGAUGACAGAGAGAUAUGAGAAAGAAGGGGCUGUCAGAAUGACUGUGACCAUCUUGAGGAAAAUGGAGCUCAACGACCUUGCCAACAGACUAGAGGAGUCCAUCACCUUGACAGUCCAGUGAGAGGAGCUUCAGGACACCGUGGAUGCAGCAGAUUUCCUCAAGAGGAACAGAAGAGAUCUCAUCCAGAGGGUGACAAAUGUGAUGCAACUGGCAGCUGGGGC